UUGGGCCGACUGCGGGGCGCCGCGGCCUUGCUGGGGUUCUGUCGUUCCGCCGCCAUGGGAGCCGAGAAGAGGAUGCUGCCCAUCAAGGAGGCUUUUCAGCUGGCGCAGCAGCCGCACCAGAACCAGGCGAAGCUGGUGGUGGCUCUGAGCCGCACUUACGGCAAGGUGGAUAAUAAAACAGUUUUUCAUGAAGAGUUUGUUCAUUACCUGAAAUAUGCCAUGGUGGUCUAUAAACGUGAACCAGCUGUGGAGCGUGUGAUAGAAUUUGCAGCCAAGUUUGUCACUUCAUUUCACCAAUUGGAUACCAACAAUGAUGAAGAAGAGGAAGAUGAUGGCAUUUUAAAUUAUUUGUUUACUUUCCUGUUAAAGUCUCAUGAAGCAAACAGCAACGCGGUCAGGUUUAGAGUAUGCCAACUCAUAAACAAGCUUCUGGGAAGUAUGCCAGAAAAUGCCCAGAUCGAUGAUGAUUUGUUUGAUAAAAUUAUGGAAGCUAUGCUUAUUAGAUCGAAAGAUAAGAUUCCAAAUGUGAGAAUACAGGCAGUUUUGGCUCUUUCUCGACUCCAGGAUCCCAAGGAUGAUGAGUGCCCAGUGGUUAAUGCAUAUACUACUUUGAUUGAAAAUGAUUUGAAUCCAGAAGUUAGGAGAGCAGUGUUAUCAUGUAUCGCACCAUCAGCCAAGACUUUGUCAAAGAUUGUAGAGCGCACCAAAGAUGUGAAAGAGACUGUCAGGAAGUUGGCUUAUCAGGUUUUAGCUGAAAAAGUUCAUAUGAGAGCGAUGUCCAUUGCUCAGAGAGUAAUGCUCCUUCAACAGGGUCUCAAUGACAGAUCAGAUGCUGUGAAGCAAGCCAUGCAGAAGCAUCUUCUCCAAGGCUGGUUACGCUUCACUGAAGGAAAUAUCUUGGAGCUGCUUCAUAGGUUGGAUGUAGAAAAUUCUUCUGAAGUGGCAGUCUCUGUUCUCAAUGCUUUAUUUGUAGUGACUCCUCUCACUGAACUUGUGGAGAUCUGUAAAAAUAAUGAUGACAGGAAAUUGAUCCCUGUGGAAACAUUAACUCCUGAAAUUGCUUUAUAUUGGCGUGCCCUCUGCGAUUACUUGAAAUCAAAAGGAGAUGAAGGUGAAGAGUUUUUAGAGCAGAUCUUGCCGGAGACUGUAGUAUAUGCAGAGUAUUUACUCAGUUAUAUCCAGAGCAUUCCAGCAGUUGACGAGGAACAGAGAAAUGAUUUUUCGUACAUUGGAAACUUGAUGACAAGGGAGUUCAUUGGUCAGCAGUUGAUUCUAAUGAUCAAGUCUUUGGAUACUAGUGAAGAAGGAGGACGGAAACGACUGGUGGCUAUUUUGCAGGAGACUCUGACACUACCCACAACGCCAAUAUCCCUGGUUUCUUUGCUUGUUGAAAGGUUACUCCACAUCAUCACAGAUGACAGUAAGAGGACACAGAUUGUUACAGAAAUUAUCUCAGAGAUUCGUGCACCCAUUGUUACGAUUAGUGUUAAUCCAUCUGAUACAAGAAAAAAAGAACUCAAGGUGGCUGAAAUAAAAGUUAAACUUAUUGAAGCGAAAGAAGCUUUGGAAAAUUGUAUUACCUUACAAGAUUUUGAUCAGGCAUCAAAAUUAAAAGAAGAAAUAAGAGCACUGGAAAAUGCCAAAGUAGAGCUGUUGAAAGAAACAGAACAACUUGAAAUUAAAGAAGUCCAAACAGAGAAGAAUGAUGUGGAGACACUACAAAAGUGUCUUGUUCUGUGCUAUGAACUGUUGAAGCAGAUGUCCAUUUCUACUGGGAUCAGUGCGACCAUGAAUGGAAUCAUUGAAUCUUUGAUUCUUCCUGGAAUAGUAAGUAUUUAUCCGGUAGUAAGGAAUUUGGCUGUUUUGUGUCUGGGAUGUUGUGGACUACAGAAUCAAGAUUUUGCCAGUAAACACUUGGUGUUACUGUUACAGGUUUUGCAAAUUGAUGAUGUCACAAUAAAAAUCAGUGCUUUAAAGUCAAUCUUUGACCAACUGAUGACGUUUGGAAUUGAACCAUUUAAAACUAAAACCAUCAAAGCUCCUCAAGGUGAAGGUGCAGAAAUCCGCAGUAAUGAUGAGCUGGACGUCAAAGAAGCCGAGGAGGCCACCGCUGCCAAGAAUGUUCUAAAGCUUCUUUCGGAUUUCUUAGACAGUGAGGUUUCUGAACUCAGGACAGGAGCAGUGGAAGGCCUAGCCAAGCUGAUGUUUUCUGGGCUUUUGGUCAGCAGCAGGAUUCUUUCUCGUCUCAUCUUGUUGUGGUACAAUCCGGUGACAGAAGAGGACAUUCGACUCCGACAUUGUCUGGGGGUGUUUUUCCCCAUGUUUGCGUAUGCCAGCAGGAUUAACCAGGAGUGCUUUGAAGAAGCCUUUCUUCCAACUCUGCAAACACUGGCUAAUGCGCCUGCAUCAUCUCCCUUAGCUGAAAUAGAUAUCAUGAAUGUUGCCGAGUUGCUCGUAGAUCUGACAAGACCUAGUGGACUGAAUCCUCAAGCCAAGAAUUCCCAAGAUUACCAAGCUUUAACAGUACAUGACAAUUUGGCUGUGAAAAUCUGUAAUGAGAUCUUAACAAGUCCAUGCUCACCAGAAAUUCGGAUCUAUACGAAAGCUUUGAAUUCUUUAGAAUUAAGUAGCAGUAUUUCCAAAGAUCUUCUGGUUCUCUUGAAUGAGAUUUUGGAGCAAGUUAAAGAUAGAACAUGCCUGAGAGCUUUGGAAAAGAUCAAGAUUCAGUUAGAGAAAGGAAACAAAGAAAUUGAUGACCAACCUAUAGAAGUACAGGAUGCCAGCGCCACUGUACCUGCUCCUCCGCAGGAAGAUGAAGAUGAAGACAAUAAAGAAGCAUAUAUGACUCCUUUGAGGGAUACAAAAGCAUCAAAAUCCACACAGCAAAGGACUAACCGAGGUCGGAGAAAAGUGACAGCGUCAGCCAGGACAAACAGAAGACGCCAGACUGCUGAGGCUGGCUCUGAAAGGUGUGUGACACAAUUCAUAAACAAGAGAAGCUCCUCUUCUUUGUUGUUUGUGUUGUUUUUUUGGUGUAAAGUAGAAAAAAAUGUAAUUUUCCUCCUGGUGAGAAAACUCAGUAAAGAAGAUAGCAAAAAUUGUAAGUAGCCAGGACUUCGGAAAAUAAUCUAACAUUCCUCUAUGAAGAGCCUUUGCUUUCUUAUCUUGCACAGUUGUAUCUAAAAUUCAGCAUAGUCGUUAGUAUUUGGUAGUCAUCUUGAAUAUGUUCUCUGUGUGUGCAUAUUGUCCUAAUUACAUGACCUUGUGAGUAUUAUUCCCUUUGAGCUUGAAUUAGCAAAGUCUUGAGUUGGGUUCUUUUCCUUCACGAUGAUAGAACACUGUGCCUACAGCGUUCGUGGCUGUGUGACAGAGCACCUACCAAAAGCUAAGGCCAAGCUGUUGUUCAAGCUGACGCUUUGUGGCUACCUUGCAUUUCUACUACUAUUUUUAGAUUUUGUCCUGUUUAAAGUACCUUUUUUUCCCCAGAAAAAAUCUUAUUUACAGUUUCAGGAAUUAAGUAAGUGAAGAUAAUUUUUUCAGUGUUGUUUCAAAAAUCCGUUUCAGAACUAUCACAGCCCUGUGCAAUUAUCAGCUUUCUUAUAGAAAUUUGGUGUUCAUUUCAUACAGUUUAUAGAAAGUCAGCUAGGUGUCCCCUAAUUCACUGGUCUAUUCCGGUUAUUGCUUGAGAUUUUAGUUUUAAGUUUAGUUAGUGGAAUUAGGCUAUGGACUACCCAAUGAUAGAAUUUCAGAAAUGGAAAGUUUUAUUUAUAAAUGAACUUGUUUUAAAGCUUGUGCCUAAAGUAUAUUUUCAACCUCU